CUUUAUAUUGAGGAAAUGCAUUUGAUAGGUCUGGUGACUGCAAAUUGCCAAGAAUCUUAUAUGUUUCUCUUGCCCUCUGUAAUCCAAGUGGUCAUCAAUUUUGUUAAUCAAUCUCAUAGAGAAAGAUUAAGCCAUGGUGGGAUCACCACCACUUCUAGCUUUAGCUUUUUGUGCUGCAAUCAUAUUCGGCCAGCUGCUGGAGGUAGCCCAAUCUCAAAGUCAAAAUAAAACACAACCUCGUACAGAUCCUGCUGAAGUGAGAGCUUUGAAUUCAGUAUUUCAAAAAUGGGGGAUCUCAGCACAACCAGAUCAAUGGAACAUAAGUGGGGAGCCAUGCAGCGGAGCAGCCAUCGACUUAACCAACUUCGAUGACUCAAACCAGAACCCCUUUAUAAAAUGUGACUGUUCGUUUAAUUAUAGUUCUACUUGCCACAUCACCCAAUUGAAGGUUUUUGACUUGGAUGUUGUUGGUGUAAUUCCAGAAGAACUAUGGAGUUUGACUUUCCUCUUCAAUCUGAAUUUGUCCCAAAAUUACUUGACAGGUAGCUUGUCUACGUCAAUUGGCAAUCUAACUAGCAUGCAAUACCUGACUUUAGCCUUUAAUGCAUUAUCAGGUACACUUCCAAAGGAACUUGGAAAUCUUAUGAAUUUAAUAUCAUUGUCUCUUUCAACAAACAAAUUCUCUGGUUCUCUGCCAUCUGAGCUUGGGAAUUUAGUGAAAUUAGAAGAGUUUAACUUUGAUAGUUCUGGAGUUAGUGGUGAGCUCCCUUCAACAUUUGCUAAAUUACAGAACCUUCAGAUAGUGUGGGCAUCAGACACUAAUCUUACAGGCAGGAUACCAGACUUCAUAGGGACUUGGUCAAAUCUUGUGAGCUUAGCGCUUGAAGGAAACUCUUUCCAAGGUCCAAUUCCCUCAAAUUUUUCCAGUUUGACUUCCCUGGUAGACUUGAGAAUCAGUGGAUUGUCUAAUGGAAGCUCUUCGUUGGCAUUUAUUAAGGAUAUGAAGUCUCUAAGUUUCUUAAGGCUGAGGAAUAAUGACAUUUCUGAUUCAAUUCCAUCAAAUAUAGGAGAAUACCAACAACUUUCAUUUCUGGAUUUGAGUUUCAACAAUAUUAUAGGACAAAUUCCAGACUCUCUUUUCAAUUUGAGUUUGGUCCAUUACUUGUUUCUUGGAAAUAAUGAGUUAAGUGGCACUUUGCCUACACAAAAAAUCCCCUCUCUUCACACCGUUGAUUUGUCUUACAAUUACUUUGUGGGAAGCAGUUUACCUUCUUGGGUCAACCAACCAAAUUUACAACUUAAUUUAGUUGCCAACAACUUCACGCUAGAAAACAGCAGUGCUUUUCCUUCAGGAUUAAACUGUCUCCAACGGAGCUUUCCUUGCCAUCGAGGCUCUGGUAUUUAUUCUGGGUUUGCAAUCAAGUGUGGUGGUCCUAAUCUUACGACUUCUACUCAAACUCGAUAUGAGAGGGAGAAUGAGACACUUGGUCCAGCUGCGUAUUAUGUGACUAACACAAACAAGUGGGCAGUUAGCAAUGUUGGAUUAUUUACAGGGAGAACUAAGCCAGCGCAAACAUCAUAUUCAGAUACAAUAUCUACUAAUUUUGCAAUAUUUACUAAUGAUUUUGGGCCAGAGUUUUUCCAAACAGCUCGCUUGUCUGCUUCAUCAUUAAGAUACUAUGGCUUGGGGCUCCAAAAUGGAAACUAUGUUGUGACUCUCCAAUUUGCAGAAACAGUUUUUCCUGACAAUAAAACGUGGAAGAGUCUUGGCAAGCGUAUGUUUGACAUUUAUAUCCAGGGGAAUCUUGUCUCACAAGAUUUUGACAUACGAAAGGAAGCUGGGGGAUCUUACAUAGGCAUUGAGAGGGAUUUUCCGGCUCAGGUAUCAGAAAACUAUCUUGAAAUCCAUUUCUUUUGGGCUGGGAAAGGGACUUGCUGCGUACCUGUUGAAGGUACUUAUGGACCUUCUAUUUCAGCCAUAAGUGCCAUCAAUAACAACCCAUUCUUAGUCCCAAAUGCUACUACAGAAUUUACACCCAGUUCUAGGAGUAGCAAUGGCAAUUUGAUUGGUCUGAUCGUGGGUGUCAGUAUUGGUGUUGGAGGCAUUCUAUCUGUUUUCAUAGUUUUCUAUAUCAUCCGCAAAAGAAAACGACUUCAAACCAAUGACAAUGAAGAAGAUCUCUUAGGAAUUGACGUUAGACCAUUCACAUUCAGCUACGCUGAACUAAAAACAGCUACAGAAGAUUUUAAUCCAGCUAACAAGCUUGGAGAAGGAGGAUUUGGGCCUGUCUAUAAGGGAACACUUAAUGAUGGAAGAGUAGUUGCUGUGAAGCAACUGUCUGCUGCAUCACACCAAGGAAAGAACCAGUUCGUCACUGAGAUUGCUAUUAUGUCUGCUGUGCAACACCGUAACCUUGUGAAAUUGUAUGGAUGUUGUGUUGAGGCAGAUAAAAGACACCUUGUUUAUGAACAUCUAGAGAAUAAAAGCCUUGAUCAAGCAUUAUUUGGAGAAAGAAGUUUGAAUCUCAGUUGGUCAACACGCUAUGAUAUAUGCUUGGGUGUAGCAAGAGGUUUAGCUUAUCUUCAUGAGGAGUCACGACUUCGAAUUGUACAUAGAGAUGUGAAAGCCAGUAAUAUCCUGCUUGAUUCUGAUCUCAUCCCCAAAAUAUCAGACUUUGGCUUGGCCAAGCUAUAUGAUGAUAACAAGAGUCACAUAAGCACCGGCGUUGCAGGGACUAUUGGAUAUCUUGCACCGGAGUAUGCCAUGCGUGGACAUCUUACAGAGAAGACUGAUGUGUUUGCCUUCGGCAUAGUGGCUCUAGAGAUGGUUAGUGGGAGGCGAAAUUCAGACUCAAGCUUGGAAGAAGAAAAGAUGUAUCUUCUUGAAUGGGCUUGGCAACUACAUGAAGACAACUGUGAAGUCGAUCUUGUCGAUGUCAAAUUAUCAGAAUUCAAUGAGGAAGAAGUAAAACGAGUAAUCCAAGUAUCUUUUUUGUGUACUCAAUCAUCACCUACAUUACGGCCAUCAAUGUCGCGUGUGGUGGCAAUGCUUUUAGGAGACAUUGAAGUGAGCACUGUAACUUCAAAGCCUGGAUAUUUGACUGACUGGAAAUCUGAUGAUCCUAGAAGCUUAAGAAAUGAUGUUGCAGCUAGAGGAUCUGUUAGCAUCUAUUAUGACUAUUCCGAAAGUUCAAGCAUGGUGGGUUACAUAGAUAAUUCACCAGUGAGUGCUUCUAAACCCAUGCUUGGUAAGGCUAUCAAACAGGGUAGAUGAGAAUUGGUCUAUACUUUUCUUCAUCAUUUUCAAUUCCUGAUUACAUAUAUAUAAUCAGAGAUAUAAUUUUUUGUAAUAUUUUCUUUCUCAAAUAUGUUUGACACCAUAAUUCAUUAUAUGUCAUAGAAAUGGAGUUUGUAUCAAAUUAUGACUGAAAUACUCAAAUUUAUGGCAUUACUGAAGAAGCCAUUCAAAUA